CUAGAGAUGAAUGUAGUUUGGUGUGAAAAGUGCAAAUCAAUCCCAGAACAACAGCAAAGGACCUUGUGAAGAUGCUGGAGGAAACAGGAAGACAAGUAUCUAUAUCCACAGUAAAAUGAGUCCUAUAUCAACAUAACCUGAAAGGCUGCUCAGCAAGGAAGAAGCCACUGCUCCAAAACCACCAUAAAAAAGCCAGACUACAGUUUGCAAGUAGGGGACAAAGAUCUUACUUUUUGGAGAAAUGUCCUCUGGUCUGAUGAAGCAAAAAGUGAACUGUUUGGCCAUAAUGACCAUCGUUAUGUCUGAUGGAAAAAGGGUGAGGCUUGCAAGCCGAAGAACACCAUCCCAACUGUUAAGCAUGGUGGUGGCAGCAUCAUGUUGUGGGGGUGCUUUUCUGCAGGACGGACUGGUGCACUUCACAAAAUAGAUGGCAUCAUGAGGAAGGAAAAUUAUGUGGAUAUAUUGAAGGACAACAAAGUCAAGGUACUGGAGUGGCCAUCACAAAGCCCUGACCUCAAUCCGAUAGAAAAUUUGUGGCCAGAACUGAAAAAGCGUGUGCGAGCAAGGAGGCCUACAAACCUGACUCAGUUACACCAGUUCUGUCUGGAGGAAUGGGUCAAAAUUCAAGCAACUUAUUGUGAGAAGCUUAUGGAAGCCUACCCGAAACAUUUGACCCAAGUUAAAUAAUUUAAAGGCAAUGCUACCAAAUACUAACAAAGUGUAUGUAAACAUCUGACCCACUGGGAAUAUGAUGAAAGAAAUAAAAGCUGAAAUAAAUCAUUCUCUCUACUAUUAUUCUGUAGUGAUCCUAACUGAUCUAAGACAGGGAAUGUUUUCCAUGAUUAAAUGUCAGGAAUUGUGAGGGGGCCUGGGUAGCUCAACAAGUAAAGACACUGACUACCACAACUGGAGUCGCAAGUUCAAAUCCACGGGUGCUAAGUGACUCCAGUCAGGCUUCCUAAGGAACCAACUGGCCCGGUUGCUAGGGUGGGUAGAGUCACGUUUGGUUAACCACCUCAUGGUCGCUACAGUGGGUUGCAUGGUGAGUUGUGCCUGGAUGCCACGGAGAAUAGCGUGAAGCCUCCACACGCGCUAGGUCUCAGUGGUAACCCGCUCAACAAGCUACGUGAUAAGAUGUGCGGAUUGUUGGUCUCAGACGUGGAGGCAACUGAGAUUUGUCCUCCGCCACCUGGAUUGAUGCAAGUCAUUAGCCACCACAAGGAUUUAGAGCACAUUGGGAAUUGGGCAAACCAAAAAGGGGAGGAAAAAAAAAACAAAAUAUAUAUAUAUAUAUAUAUAUAUAUAUAUAUAUAUAUAUUAGUCAGGAAUUGUGAAAAACUGAGUUUAAAUGUAUUUGGCUAAGGUUUAUGUAAACUUCUGACAUCAACUGUAUAUAUUCCCAGAUUUUCAACAGGGACUCAGACUUUUGGAUCCCAUUUAUAAUUGGAAGUUUUGUUGGUACAUCUGGUAGAAAUCAGUCAAGGCACUGGACUUGAGUUUAUAUUAUUUUGAAGGCAUUUUGGCUUCAAUAUCACUAAUGAAGUCACUUGAAGCAUUGUGGAAGUGCAGUGGUCUUGCCUGACUACUUCCAGGCAUUCAGUGAAUAUAUUCCAUAUUUUCAUACUGAUUUCUUUGAAAUGACUGAAUAACCUUCAUUUAAUGCUUUCUUUUGAUGUUGUUGUGAAUGGUACUACAUGUUGAGAAGUCUGUAAUGUUGAUUAGGCUAAUAAUAUGUAUGCGCAUUUGCUAAUAUGCUAAUAUGCAUCGUUGCUUUGCAUACGACAUAAACCAGUCUGUGACGUAAAAUAAGCCACUGACUUUGUUUAUUCGUUGUAAAGCUCUUGCUAGUUCCUCCUUAAGUCCGGAACGUGGCGCGCAUUGACAGUGAAGUGAAAGAAGUUAAAACCAGAAGAUAAAAUAUUAAAAAAUAUAUAUAUUAUAAGCGACAGAAUGGCAAUUAACAAGAAUGCAAGGUUUCAAAUGGGGCGGGACUAAGUGGCCACCGUCUUGAUGUGCGCGUGUAGACGAUAUGAUCUCGUGGUACAUGUAACUUUUCUCAGCGCUGAUAGGACAGACCAAUCACUGUUGAUUGUGACGAUUAGGAUAGGGAUUUUUCUUCAAUUAUUUUAUAGAGAUUGUUGGGGUAUAUUUACUCUUAAAUGCCAAAUAUCAAUCAUUAGAAUUAAAAAAUGUAAAUGGUUACACUUUGUAAUGUACAAAUAUUCUAAAAUUUGAAUGCGGCUCAAAGGGAGAUUUGGCUUUUUGAGCCACAAAGCGCCCCCUGGAGUAAAACCAGUGCACGAGCAACAUGAAAUCAGUUGAUAGCAUAUGACACCUGCCACCCAAAUAGAGAAAGAGGUUGAGUGUUUGUAAACUAUGGCUAAUGACUGAAUCAUGCCUCUUCCAUAUGUGACUUAUAUCACCUUUAUUCUCCUGUAAAUAGGAAGAAAUAAUGGAAUUUGAAAUAACGCGCACAAGGCCAUCGCUGUUUGGAGAUAUUGCACAUGGUUUGGGCUUCUGGACUGAUCGUUCUGCAGUGCAUGAAGCUGCAGCUCAAGGCAGAGCUGUGCAGCUUCAAAAGCUGAUCGAGAAAGGGGCAUCUGUCAACAUUGUGGCCGUGGACUCCAUUACACCUCUCCAUGAGGCCUGUAUACAGGGCCAAACACAGUGUGUCAAAAUACUCCUUGACGCUGGAGCUCAUGUUGAUGCUCGUAACAUUGAUGGCAGCACUCCGUUAUGUGACGCCUGUGCUGCUGGUAGUCUGGAGUGUGUUAAGUUGCUGUUAGAACAUGGAGCCAUGGUUAACCCUCCCCUUUUCACCUUCUCACCCCUGCAUGAAGCCUGCAUGGGUGGUAACUCUAAAUGCGUACAGCUCAUGAUCGAUGAAGGUGCAUUUAUGGAAGCCCAUGACUGCCACUUUGGCACUCCUUUACAUGUGGCAUGUGCAAGGCAGCAUCUAGACUGUGCAAAAGUUCUGCUAAAUGCAGGUGCAAAUGUAAAUGCUGCCAAGCUUCAUGAGACUGCACUGCAUCAUGCUGCCAAAGUGAAAAAUCUGGAACUGAUUGAGCUUCUAGUAGAUUUUGGGGGAAACGUUUUUGCCAAAGACAACCUUGGCAAAAAGCCCAUUCAGUACACCAGAGCUGGUUCACCAUCUUCCCUAUGCCUAGAGUUUUAUGAAUCCACACCCCUGAGUCUUCAGCAGUUGAGCAGAAUUGCUCUAAGAAAUGCACUUGGGAAAAGAUCACAUGGGGUGUUCACUCAACUGGGCCUCCCAAAUCGAAUCAUCUGUUUCCUGUCUUAUUCACCAGCCCCUCCCCUAGACCUCUUCCACUCUUGACAAUCUGCUGCUCUGUUUCUGUCCAAGUCAUCAAUAAUGGAUGCAAAACUUACUGUGUUUAAGAAUAAGGGGCUUAGAUAAUGGGUUUCCAGGAGGAAUGAGAUUUCUCUUUGUGAAGCACAGUUACUGUAACAGCUGCACUCAGUAUUUGUCACAUAUUUGUCUAUAUUUUUUCCCACCCUGCUGCAGCAGGCAACCAGUAGAAGACGUGCUCACUUGGUAUGGAUGCAGUUUACUGCCGGAAUAUCUAGAAUAAUUUGAUUGUUUGACUUGGAAAGAAGCACCUUUCACGAGAACUAGCAUAUGCAUUGGCACCUUUUUGCUGCCAACACAUCUUGCACACCUUAAGACAAAGAGCAACUUGUUUUCUGAUGGUAGACCAAAAUCAGUUCCAUAGUUUGUAUUGUAUGUUUUAAUUUACAUUCAGAUUUGUAAAUGCACUGAACAGUAUAAAAAGUCUUAUUGUAAAUCAGGUUUUAUAUGAGGUAUGUAAAUUGUUUAUUUUACUUAGUUCUCAUUUAAAUGUGUUUACACAUUAAUACGCUGUGCAUAUUUUUUUUUCUUCUGUUGUACAUGGUUUAAUGUUUUAGAGCUAUUAGUAUUAUUAUUGUUUAUAAAAUAAAUGGGAAUA